CACUGCUCAGCGGUGCUGGGGCUGGCGCGGCUUGAGCAGCCGCCGCACUGACAGCUCGGUCUGCGGACCAUGGAGACCGGCGCCGGCCCAUAUCCGCUGCGCCUGUUCGUUUGCCUGAUGCCGCUCUGUCUGGCGUUGCUUUUGGGACCAGGGAGGCCCGGGACCGCUGAGGAAGUUAUCCUCCUGGAUUCCAAAGCCUCCCAGGCUGAGCUGGGCUGGACUGCACUGCCAAGUAAUGGGUGGGAGGAGAUCAGCGGCGUGGACGAGCAUGACCGUCCCAUCCGCACAUAUCAGGUGUGCAACGUGCUGGAGCCCAACCAGGACAACUGGUUGCAAACUGGCUGGAUCAGCCGUGGCCGCGGGCAGCGCAUCUUCGUGGAGCUGCAGUUCACGCUGCGCGACUGCAGCAGCAUCCCGGGCGCCGCUGGCACCUGCAAGGAGACUUUCAACGUCUACUACCUGGAAACAGAGGCUGACCUGGGUCGCGGGCGUCUCCGAGCAGGUGGCAGCCGGCCCCGCAAGAUCGAUACAAUCGCGGCAGAUGAGAGCUUCACGCAGGGCGACCUGGGAGAGCGCAAAAUGAAGCUGAACACAGAGGUGCGAGAGAUCGGUCCGCUCAGCCGGCGGGGUUUCCACCUGGCCUUUCAGGACGUGGGCGCAUGCGUGGCGCUGGUCUCCGUGCGCGUCUACUACAAGCAGUGCCGCGCCACCGUGCGGGGCCUGGCAGCGUUCCCGGCCACCGCGGCCGAGAGCGCCUUCUCCACGCUGGUGGAGGUGACGGGAACGUGCGUGGCGCACUCAGAAGGGGAGCCCGGCAGCCCCCCGCGCAUGCACUGUGGCGCUGAUGGUGAGUGGCUGGUGCCCGUGGGCCGCUGCAGCUGCAGUGCGGGAUUCCAGGAACGUGGUGACAUCUGUGAAGCCUGUCCCCCAGGGUUUUACAAGUUGUCCUCGCGCCGGCUGCUCUGCUCCCCGUGCCCAGAGCACAGCCGGGCCCUGGAAAACGCCUCCACCUUCUGCGUGUGCCAGGACAGCUACGCGCGCUCGCCCACCGACCCGCCCUCGGCCUCCUGCACCCGGCCGCCGUCGGCGCCACGGGACCUGCAGUACAGCCUGAGCCGCUCGCCGCUGGCGCUGAGGCUGCGCUGGCUGCCGCCGGCCGACUCGGGCGGCCGCUCGGACGUCACGUACUCGCUGCUGUGCCUGCGCUGCGGCCGCGAGGGCCCGGGGGGCGCGUGCGAGCCGUGCGGGCCGCGGGUGGCCUUCGUGCCGCGCCAGGCCGGGCUGCGGGAGCGCGCCGCCACGCUGCUCCACCUGCGGCCCGGGACGCGCUACACCGUGCGCGUGGCGGCGCUCAACGGCGUGUCGGGCCCGGCUGCCGCCGCGGGAGCCACCUACGCGCAGGUCACCGUGUCCACGGGGCCCGGGGCGCCUUGGGAGGAGGAUGAGAUCCGCAGGGACCGAGUGGAGCCCCAGAGUGUGUCUCUGUCGUGGCGGGAGCCCAUCCCCGUCGGAGCUCCGGGGGCCAAUGGCACGGAGUACGAGAUCCGAUACUACGAGAAGGGUCAGAGUGAGCAGACUUACUCCACGGUGAAGACAGGGGCACCUGCGGUCACUGUCACCAACCUGAAGCCGGCUACCCGCUACGUCUUUCAGAUCCGGGCGGCUUCCCCAGGACCCUCCUGGGAGACCCAGAGCUUCAAUCCCUCCAUCGAAGUGCAGACCCCGGAGGCUGCCUCAGGGUCCAGAGACCACAACCCUGCGGUGGUCGUCACCGUGGUGACUGUCUCAGCCCUCCUCGUCCUGGGCUCCGUGAUGAGCGUGCUGGCCAUGUGGAGGAGGCCCUGCCCCUAUGGCAAAGGAGGUCAGGACGCCCACGAUGAGGAGGAGCUGUAUUUCCACUUCAAAGUCCCAACACGCCGCACAUUCCUAGACCCCCAGAGCUGUGGGGACCCUCUGCAGGCUGUUCAUCUGUUUGCCAAGGAGUUGGAUGCAAAAACCGUCACCCUGGAGAGGAGCCUCGGAGCAGGGCGGUUCGGGGAGCUGUCCCUCGGCUGCCUGCAGCUCCCUGGCCGCCAGGAACUCCCCGUGGCCGUGCACAUGCUCAGGGACGGCUGCUCUGACUCCCAGAGGCUCAGCUUCCUGGCUGAGGCCCUCACAGUGGGCCAGUUCGACCACAGCCACAUCGUGAGGCUGGAGGGUGUGGUCACCCGAGGAAGCACCUUGAUGAUUGUCACUGAGUACAUGAGCCACGGGGCCCUGGAUGGCUUCCUGCGGCGGCAUGAAGGCCAGCUGGCAGCUGGCCAGCUGUUGGGGCUGCUGCCUGGGCUGGCGUCAGCCAUGAAGUAUCUAUCGGAAAUGGGCUACGUUCACCGGGGCCUGGCGGCCCGCCGUGUGCUGGUCAGCAGCGGCCUUAUCUGCAAGAUCUCUGGCUUUGGGCGGGGCCCCCGAGACCGAGCAGAGGCCGUCUAUACCACCAUGAGCGGCCGGAGCCCAGCGCUGUGGGCCGCCCCUGAGACCCUUCAGUUCGGACACUUCAGCUCUGCCAGUGACGUGUGGAGCUUCGGUGUCGUCAUGUGGGAGCUGAUGGCCUUUGGGGAGCGGCCCUACUGGGAUAUGUCUGGCCAAGACGUGAUCAAGGCGGUGGAGGACGGCUUCCGGCUGCCCCCGCCCAGGAAUUGCCCCACCCCCCUACACCGGCUGAUGCUUGACUGCUGGCAGAAGGACCCUAGCGAGCGGCCCAGGUUCUCCCAGAUCCACAGCCUCCUGAGCAAGAUGGUACAGGACCCAGAGCCCCCGAAGUGUGCCACAACCACCUCUCCCAGACCCCCCACCCCCCUGGCGGACCGCGCCUUCUCUGUCUUCCCAUCCUUCGGCUCCGUGGGUGCAUGGCUGGAGGCCCUGGACCUGGGCCGCUACAAGGACAGCUUCACUGCCGGUGGCUACGGGAGCCUGGAGGCCGUGGCUGCCAUGAAUGCCCAGGACCUGGUAAACCUGGGCAUCUCGUCGGCAGAACAUCGAGAGGCCCUCCUCAGCGGGAUCAGCGCCCUGCGGGCAUGUGUGCUCCAGCUGCAAGGCCAGGGGGUGCAGGUGUGAGCUGCGCCGGCCCUUGGGGGCCAGGACGACCCCAGCCCUCACAGGGACCCUGGCCCGCCGCGCCCCGGCGGGGUCGGAGUGAGCGCGUGUUCCCUGCAUUCGGGGCCUGGAGCGUGUCUGGGACCACAGUUCCCCUCCUUUCACUGCCUACUCCUCCCAUUUUCCCUGGUCUGGACCCCUUGGCUGACUCAGCCCCCCUGGCCAGAGGGUUCACAUCCCUGGGGAGAACCUCCGAGAUAACACAGGGGAAAAUGCAAGGUCCCAGAGACCAUGGCGGGUGGGACGGAGAGGGAAGAUGUAGCUUUAAAUUGC